AUGUCUGCAGCUGUACCGUCGCCGGCUGGCGCUCUCGACAGCCCGGACGAGCUGACCCAGCUGCCGAUUCUUUCGGGAUCUCCUCCUUCUGAGACCCCGUCCUCCCCUUCUUCGAUCAAACAAGACCCUCUCAAAGAGACAAGCUCAUCCAGCGAGAAGGUUGACGUCUCCGACCCUACCUACGUCCCACCCGAAGGCUCCUCCGAUGGUGAAUCCGUUCGAUCCAAGUUCGACGCCGAUCCGGUCAUCCGCAACGGUCGCGAUGUCUCGGACAUCCUCAUCAGCGAUCGAGACGAUGGAGAUGCCUGCUUCACCUUCCGAUCCAUCACCCUCGGGUUGGUCGGAGCCGCCUUCCAAGCCGUGCUGACACAGAUCUAUCGAUUCAAGCCGACCGAAGUCACCAUCACGGGAACAUUUUUGGCCAUCAUCAUCUACGUGAUCGGCACUGCCUGGGCGAGGUUCCUUCCCACAAAGAAAGGGUUGGAGUCCAAGUUCGGUCAAAGGCUGCCCGGAUGGCUGUUGACCGCAGUGCACUUUGUCAACCCGGGACCGUUCGGGUUGAAGGAGCACGCGAUCGCCUCCAUCACCGCCUCGUCCGCAUCCAACGGCGCCCACUCGAGCGACGUCUUUGGCACGCAGAAGCUCUUCUACCCGGAGAUCCCCGUCACCACCACCACCGCCAUCCUCUCGGUGCUCUCCAUCGGUCUGUUCGGGUACGGUCUCGCGGGGAUCUUUCGACCGAUCAUCGUCUACCCGGCAGAGAUGGUGUACUGGGGAACGUUGCCGCUCGUGGAUCUGUUCCAGGCGUUCCACUGGGACAAGAGCUUCAGCACCAAGCGCGUCAAGAUGUUCUGGUACUCCUUCGCCGGUAUGGGCAUCUACGAGAUCUUCCCGUCGUACAUCUUCCCCACGCUCAACUCCUUCAGCAUCCCGUGCCUCGCCAGCAGACACGCGACGGGCAAGGUCGCGCAAACCCUGACCAACAUCUUCGGUGGUGCGCAGAGCAACGAAGGUCUCGGACUGCUCAGCCUCAGCCUCGACUGGCAGUACAUCACCUCGACCCAACUCUCGCUACCGCUGAUCCAACAGGCCAACAGUUGGAUCGGUUACGCCAUCUGCACCGUCGCCAUGCUAGCCAUCUACUACGGAAACGUGUGGAACGCCAAGCAGUUCCCCUUCAUGUCGACGAGCAUCUUUGCCGACAACGGCAAAAAGUACAACCAGAGUGCCGUGUUCGUGCACGGCAUCUUGGAUCGACAGCAGCUCGAACGGGUCGGAUAUCCGAACGUGACGGGGACGUAUGCGUGGGGGAUGCUGAUCAGGAACGCGGCGAUCGGCGCGUUGGUGGCGCACGUGGUGCUGUUUUGGGGCAAGGAUGUGUUGAAGAGUCUGAGGCAGGCGAGGGAUAAGUCGCAGCCGGAUCGACACUACCAGGCCAUGAGGAAGUACAAGGAGGCGCCGCACUGGUGGUAUCUGAUCCUGCUGGCGAUCUCGUUCGUGUUCGGGUUGAUCGUGGUGUUGACGCAGCAGACGACCUUGACGUGGUACUCGUACAUCAUCUCGCUGCUGCUGGGCACCAUCGUGGCGCCGUUUUCAGGAGUGCUGUAUGCGCUGUUGGGAAACGGAAUCAGCACCAACAACCUCACCAAGAUGAUUGGCGGGAUUGUCUCGCCCGGUCGACCCCUUGCCAAUCUGUACUUCUACGCUUGGUCGCACAGCACCAUCGCCCAGGUGAUCAACCUGUCCAACGACCUCAAGAUGGGUCAAUACCUCAAGAUCCCACCUCGCUCCAUGUUCAUCACCCAGGUCAUCGGCACCGUGUUCGGCGCGUUCCUCAACUACGCCAUCGCCUCCACCAUCAUCUCGUCCAAGUUUGCGCUGCUGCACACCAACACGGGCAGCUACGUCUGGUCCGGUGCGUACUACCAGUCGCUCAACGUGAGUGCGGUGACGUGGUCGAUGGCCAAGUACAUGUACGGUCCGGGUACCGUGUACUUUGUGAUCCCGAUGGCGGUGCUGAUCGGCAUCGGAGCGGUGGUAGUCCACUGGACUUUUACUCGAUUCGUACCCAGGAUCGGCAGGUUCGAGACGAAAGACCUGGUGUUGCCCACCGUGUUCCUGUACUCGGCGUGGAUGACCUCCGGUCAAAACUGCGUCAUCCUAACCACCGUCCUCGUCGGAUUGAUCUCGCAAGCGUGGAUCCGAACGAGAUACCCGCGAUGGUUCAAAGAGUACAACUACAUCCUCGGCGCUGGUUGGGACGGCGGAAGUUUGCUCGUCAUCUUCAUUCUGAGCUUCGCCGUCUUCGGCGCAGCAGGCAAGGAACGACCGUUCCCGACGUGGGCGGGCAAUCCGGAUGGCUUUCCGGACUACUGUCCCGAUCCGUCUGCGUGA